CGACCUUUUUUUUUUUGUUUGUUUAAAGGAACAAGACGCUCUUUCUGUUCAUUUUCAAACCGUCGCUCCAGUUAGACUGAAGAAAACAUGCAGAGGAUUUGUUUUUAAAGGGGAAUUUACCAGUGAGCCACAGACUGAACAUGCUGCAGGUUGUGUGAGUGACAGAUAUGGGGUCAGGAAGAUCAUACUGGCAGACUUUCUCUGCAGUUGUAGUCAUUUGCCACUUUUUAACAGCUGAAGGUGUAAAUUCAGAGGUUCGUGGAAAGGUUGGAGACUCAGUGGACCUGGAUUGCAGUUUCCUUCCAUCAGGGCCACAGUCUGGGUCAUCUGCAUCCCUGCAUGUGGUGGAAUGGGUGCGGCAAGGGCUUGACAUUCCUGUUCUGAUCAAAUUUGGUUCCUAUGCACCUCGAGUUCACCCAAAUUUUGAAGGGCGAGUAUCUCUGGUGAGUACCACAACCCUGAGGCUGGAGCGCCUGCAGUUGGAUGACCAGGGCUUAUACAACUGUCGAAUACUUCUCUUGGACAACCCUGCAGAUGAAGUGCAGAGCAGCAACUGGACUCUGCUUUCUGUGACUGCCCCGCCAACAUUCUCUAAGGCUCUGCCCCCUUCUGUCCAGGCCCUGGUGGGAAGUCGCCUGUCUCUUGACUGCGCUGCUAAUGGCAACCCUACACCAACCAUCACCUGGCUAAAAGAUGGCAGGGUCAUCCCCAGGGCAAAUUAUCAGGGAGGAAUCCUAUCUCUGCCGGCAGUGACCACACGAUCAGCAGGACUGUAUGCCUGCCACGCCUCCAACUCUGAGGGAAACGUGAGCAGCGUGACAGAAGUGAAGAUCAAAGGUCCACCUGUCAUCAUCGUUCCUCCUGAAAACAUGACCCUCAACAUGUCCCAGAAUGCACUGCUGCAGUGCCAGGCGGUGGCCGACCCUCCUAACAUGACAUACGUAUGGCAGAAAGGUGGAGAAAACGUCCAUCAUAUAGAGUCUCUAAAGUCACGUGUGAGAAUCCAGGUGGAUGGAACUCUGCACAUCUCCGCUUUAGUGCCAGAGGACUCUGGGAACUACACCUGCAAUCCAACCAAUGGGCUGCUGACCCCACCGACAGCCUGGGCCAUCCUAACAGUGAUGCACCCAGCCAAGGCUCUCCAAGUGCCCCAGGAAACAUACCUCCCCACAGGUAUGGGUGGCGUGAUCCCCUGUCCGGUGGCAGCUCAGCCUCCGCUGCUCCGUGUGGACUGGAUAAAAGAUGGAGAGACUCUGGAUCUGUCCCUGUUUCCAGGAUGGACACUAAAAGCCAAUGGGUCUUUGGUCAUGGCGACUGUCAAUGAGGAUGCUGCAGGCACCUACACAUGUACUCCAUACAACAGCUACGGUACCAUGGGGCCAUCUGCGCCCACCAGUGUGAUUCUACAGGACCCCCCAUCAUUCAGCAUCACUCCAGAGAAGGUUUACAAAGAGGACGCUGGGAGAAAGCUGCUGAUCCCCUGUCAAGGAAACACAGAUGCAACAACUAGAGUGACGUGGAGCAAGGUUGACCCGGUUCGUCCUAUUUCUUACUCCAUCGAACCCAACGGCUCUUUGCUGCUGCAGCCCGUUAUUAAGGACCACCAGGGGGAGUGGGAGUGCAGCGUCUCCAACCGUGUAGCCUCCAUAAGGACCCACACACAGGUCUUUGUCCUGGGAACCAGUCCCCAUGCGGCUACUUCGUUGUCCGUCUCUCCAGGGGUGAAGCUGGCCAACUUAUCCUGGGAGGCAGGCUUUGAUGGAGGAUCAACGCAGACAUUUUCAGUUUGGGUGAAGAAGACUUCUGUUAGCGAUGAUGACGGGAAGCAGGACUGGUUCUCCAUUCUCGUUCCAUCCAACUCUGGCACCAGCCUGCAGGUGUCGGGCCUGUCUCCUGCCACCUACUACCAGUUCAGCGUCCUGUCUCAAAAUAAAUUUGGAACAGGACCAUUCAGUGAGAUUGCAACUGCACGCACUUUGGAUCCUCCAGAGAGGAGGAAUAAACCAAAGCCCCCCGUGUCGCUGUCUGCUAAUCAGAGCUCAGCAGGUGUUAUUCUGCAGUGGUCCCUUCCUGAGGCUCAGCAGCCUCCCAUCACAGGCUUUGUCCUCCAAUCCCGCUCCGCAGAAGAGGGGUGGUUUAAUCUGGAGGAGAACAUCAACGUCAACAGCAGCCAAAUAGUGGUGGUGGGUCUACAAAAGGACCGCGUGUAUGAGCUGCGGAUGCUUUCUCGUCGGGGGGAGCUGCUGAGUGAGCCCAGUCCAUCAGUCAACAUCUCCACCACAGGUAUGGAGAGCUAUGCAGCUACGUCACGGCUCCUGGAGUUUGUCCCUGAGCCGUUGCUGGCCGGUGUACUGGCCGGGAUAGGCUUCAUGUUACUGGCAUUGGCCUUGUUGCUUGGUUCUGCCUGUGUUGUCAGCCGCAGGACGGACCGGCGCAGCAGAAAAAGAGAUAAUGAGCCCCUUCCUGCCAUUUAUAAGUGCUCCCCAUCAAUUAAGACUUCAGGCUCCAAUAGCCCAGACAGUUUGUUGAAGAAAAGCCUCCUCCCAGCCAGCUCCCUCUACCCCACAACCUCUUCCACCACCUCCUCCUCGCAGACAGACUGCUCCUCCUUGAGCACAGAGAAUAAUCGUCGCCGCAGUAAUAUCGAGACAAUCUACAACCGAGGCCGUCUUACUAAGACAACUUCUUUAAUUUCUCCCUCCAUUGAGAUGAUCUCCAGAGGUCCAGAUGGUCGGUUUACACUCCGUGACUAUGACACGAUGAGUGUUGAGAGCAAAAAGAUUUCCAGAGUCAGAAGAUCUGUGUCACUUAACUUGGAAAAGGAGGACAAGAAAGAUCUACCAUAUGUGCUCUCUGUUGAUGUCUCUCCUUUUAAGACUGAGGAUGAUUCAAGUCAAAUGUGCCGCAUGGUCCAACUCUCACCAGUUCAGAAAAGCUACAUUGGAUCUCCUGAUCAGAGCAGCCUGUACUCAAACAGCAGUUUUGGCACCAUGCCUUGUCUCAAUAGAGGACUGCCUCCAGUAUUUCCUGUGCUCCCACAUCUUCGAGCCAGCCUCAAUCAGCCAUUGACAACAGCGAGCACUCUGGUUCUCCAAAUGGAACAUGAACGCGAGAAGGGGAACCUUAGUCGGUGCCUUAGCCUGGCUCAGGAGAGAGAGAAACUGGAAAGGGAGCUUCGGUGGUACACUUUAGAAAGAAACUCCAUGAAAGUCAAGACGGAACAAACAGAAACAAGCAAUGGGGAGGAAAGUGGUGGGAAGCUUAUGUGGGAAUACAAAAGCAAGACCUUGCCAAACAACUAUCGUCAAGGUGGCAAAGAGAGAUCUAGCUACCUUAGGUCUUCCUCAGCCAACUGGGAAGCCCAUUUUGAUUCCAGCUCAAAUUUGAAUCCAUUCAGAGAGCAUUUGAAUACAUCUCCACCUCUGAGUCCCUCUUUAUCUCCUUAUUCUCCUGAAUCAUUUGGUAAACACACCUUGCUUCAACCCAACAGGGCCAGAAAUUCUUUAGUUGAUAAAUCAACUCUCCAUCACCAGAGGUGUAAAGGAGUAGAUGCAGCACAGGGCUAUGAUAAUCCAAGACAGUUCACAUUGGACCACCAAACAAUGGAUUCAUUCUGUGAACCACAAAAAGAAAAGGUUCUUAGAAAUGGCACAAUUUUUUACAACAGUAAAAACAUUCCAGAUGCAGAACCAGAUUCUCCAAGAUUGAAAGAAAUGCUCACUGAACCUACUGGCAAAGAAUGUGUCGAGAUGAGUGUAGACGAGCCUGGGUUUGAGGAGCCAACAUUGCCACCUACAAAACCCAUGUUGCACCACAGGAUAGCUUCUCAUGUUCAACAUGGCUACUCACUGUCUCAAAGAACUGGGCAUGAUGACAUGAGAAGGAGCACAAGCUUCAAUUGCAGUAGAAAUGCUUCUGUGGACGGCUUUGACAGGGUCCAUCAUCCUCAGCAACCUUCAGAACCAGGGCUCUGGAGAGCUAGGAGCCGAGGGUCCAAAACCUUAGACCACAAACAGCGAAGUCAGAGUCUAGACUUGAGGAGACAGAAGAAGUGUACAUUUCUCACACCAGACGCAUGGAUAGGUUCUCUCAGCCAAGAGAACUGUUCAUUGGAAUCUCAAACAACUACCCAAAUUGAGCCUCAUUACCCCCCUGCUGUGGGUUAUUUAUCUCCAACUCACAGCCCACAGGUUCUGGCUCCCAAUCCUGACGUGCCUUACUACUGCCAACCUUCCCCGUCAGCCAACACUGCCUAUCAGGACGCAAUGAAUCAAUCAGGUUACAUUGUCAGCUUGAAGGAAGUUUCCACAUACUUACCACCCAUCAACAAUGAGUUAGAGGCACUGGAAGUGGAGUCAGGAGGCUACGAGAGAGUGACGGAGUCCGGUGGCAGCUACAGCAGUUAUGCCAGCAGCGGCCGUGGUAGCAUGGAGACUACUAACGGGCGUCUCUCCUUGUGUCACCUGUCCCCAACUUUCACAGACUCACCUGAGAUUACAGAGGACACUCAGGGGAGGUCAGAGGGCAAGGACAGUGGACAAACAGAACUAAGGAGAAGGAGAGAAACUUCGGUCGAUGAGAAUUAUGAAUGGGAUGCUGCUGACAUCUGCUCACAGCCUGGAGAAGAGGAUGGCAUUUUUCCAACACUGAAUCCACAGAAGCCCACUGCAAACCAGAGCCUUCCUAGCGUGCCACGCGCCAAGAAAGCACAGAAAUGUUCCUCUGAGCUUCGCUCGCUCCCGGGGCAUCAAAGCAGAUGCUCUGCUGUGCCAGAACCAGACGCCGUGCUAUUCUGACAGCUUCGUCGCUCGCCUCAUCUCACCUGGUGUGUCCUUUCACGCCUUGGCUCAGAUCACUGGGUGACAAAGUCUCAUGCUGGAGAAAGCAAGUUUUUCUGUUAUCAAGCUCAAGUUUUUUUUUUUUUUUAUUUCAAAAGUGAAUAAAGACAACCCAAGAACAGAACUUUUUUUGGGGGGGUGAUUGGGUGUUUGGUCUUUUUGAGUACAGAAAACCACAUUUUACCUAACUGUGCAAGGCUUUACAGAAGCAUCUAACUUUUAGCAAUUCUUCUCAGACUACCAGUCCUUUCUCUCCAUUGAUGAAUUGGGUAGUUUGUUAACUGUGGAUUAAUCAUCCAGUAGGACUGAAAAUGGCUCUCAUGCCAAGAGAUCUUGCAAUGUUAAAUUUCCAAAAAACUUAUCAUCUUGUCUCGGCUGUCUUCCAGAAUGCUAUGCACUGAAACAAUCACAAAGCCCACUUUAUGUUUAUUUUUAGCUAAUAAUAAUCUGCCCAUAUGGGGGCACUAAUAGAGCACUGAAAUUUAUUCCCCAGAUGGUCUGAUGAUUCUUAAAUAUGGGAGAAAAUGAAUAAAAUAAGACACAAUGAGAUCAAACUAACAUACCCUAUCCUGAUGUAGCAAAACACUGAAUUCCACACGCUUGAUCCCAAUACACAUGCACUGUUCAGAAUGGGUCACAUCAGAAGCAACACAAAUUUGCAUCUUUUCCUCACCUUCAGACUUUCAUAACACACAUUUCUUUACAUUACAGUAAAAUACAUGGCAAGAUAGGAAGCAGUAUGGCAGCAGCUUUACUCUGGCAAGAGUUGAGCUACAAAACAGAGUUUUGUAGCUUGUCUCACAAUCCUUGUCUUUAAACCUAAUAUUGUGUAUUGUGGUGUCAUCUAGUUGAAUCGUUGCACCCCUAUCAUCCAGGAAUGACUCGGAAGUCACAAGCACCAAAUAGUUUUGGUGUUGCUGUUGUUGACAGGUUAUUGUCUUUUGGUUUGGAUGAUUUGAUAACAUUUUCUAAAAGGUAAUUUAAUAAUAUUCAAAAUGAGAAAUUAGAAAUCACAAGAUUUUUUUUUCUUACUGAACAAAGCAAGAGAUUCAUUGUUUGAUUAAAGCUAAAUCAAGUUGCUGAGUUUUCAUCCAUCCCCCCGUCCGUCCAUCCAUCGUUCCAGGACAUAUCAAGGCCAUAAAUCAGUAAAUUGUACAGAAAGCUUCCUAAGUGGCUGAUUCAUCUGAAUUCAAUUGCAAUUUUUUUUAAAUAUACAAAGAAAUCCAGUUUUGGUUGUUAUUAGAAGGUUAAGAAGCUUGAGAGGCGUAAUCGUUUACACAGGAGUGUAAAGCUUAUGUCUAAAUAAGUAAUUACUGUAGGGGGCUAGCAGAACUCGGAUUAAUUUUUAUUUAUUUUUUAUUUCCUUUUGGUAGGUUUCUUUUGACAAAAUGUAAAAAUAUCAAAAGGAAUAUAGAAUAAAGAUGUGAUUAUGAGAUGCAUUUUUAGCAACAGAUGUUAAAGUUAUAAUAUAGCUUCUAGAAAGAGAUAAGGAUAAGCUAAGCUGAGAUUUUAAAUUGAUUUAAUUUUAUAAACUUUAUUUUUCCAUAUGUGGGUGAAGAAUUAUAUUGUCCUUCUAGUAUGUUCUGGAUAUGACCAGGAGUCUCCUCCCUGUGGGAUGGCCUUGGAAAACCAAGGAGGUCACAGAGACAUCCUGAUCAGACACCUGAACCACCUCAAACUGAAUCUUUUGAAUGCAAAGGAGCAGCAACUCCACCCACAGCUACUAUGAAGGAAACCUGUUUCAGCUGCUUAUGUCCUAGAUCAUCUUCUUCUGAUCACUCCUUCUUCACAACAGACUGGAACAUUACUGCAGAUGAUGUCCCGAUUCAUCUGGUCAUGGAUAGAAAAAUUAAGCAUAUAAAACGGUAGCAUAUUAAGUUGGUAGAAAAGAUAAAUGCAGUAAUACAUUUAAAGAAAUCAGAUGUUUUUAGAGUUCUAAAAGAUGUUAGUGUUGUAAUUAUGUUCUUAUUUCAAUUUGCUGACUGGAAUAAGUUGUGAAUCCCUUCCUUUAAAGUAGGAAACCACAUUGUAUGUUGGGUAUUUGAUCUGACUUUGUUGGUGUAAAUCGAAUGCUUUUAAAUCUAAGUUGCUUUAUGUUUGUUAAAAAUGAAAGUAUGUUUUUAUAUUUUGCAAUACCUGCAAGCUUAAUUUCCUGUCACAUGUCUGCAGAUAUAUAAUACAUCAAACAUUAACAGGAGAUAAUUCAUCAGCAUAAUGCAGUAGCCUCUGGAACACAUCACUUGUAUUCAGCUCCCCUGAGUCAAUACUCUGUCCGACCAUCUUUUACUGUAAUUACAGCUGCAGGUCUUUUGGGGCAUGUCUCUACCGGCUUUGCACAUGUAGUGACUGAAAUCUUUGCCUAUUUCUAAACUCAAUUUCAGUCAGAUUGGAUAGAGGGCAUCUGUGAACAUAAAUUUGCAAGUCUUGCCAAGAAUUCUGUUAGAUUUAGGUUUAGGCCAUUCUUAGACAAGAAUACACUUUAAACAUCUAAACAUCUCCAUUGUCCCUCUGGCUGUAUGUUCAGAGUCAUUGUCCUGUUGGAAGGUGAACCUUCACCCCAGUCUCAAGUCUUUUAGGGCCUUUAACAGGUUUUCAUCCAGGAUUGUCCUGUUUUUAGCUCCAUACAUCAACUCUGACCAACUUGUCUGCCCCAUAAACUGACAGGCUUAUGGGCCGGAUGGUGUCCGGGUGUUCAGAGUGCUAGUUUUCCACCACAUAGAAUGUAUUGCAUGUUGGCCAAAAAGUUUACUUUUGGACCAGAACACCUUUAUCACACAGCUCUGUCCUGACCCACCUGAGCUGUGGAUCUCUGCAGCACCUCCAGAGUUACCAUAGGCCUUUGAGUUGUUACUCUGGUUAAUUAUCUCCUUGUCCCGCCUGUCAGCUUAUGCAUUCAUUAACAUUCUACUCCAUUUACUGAUAGAGAGAUUUCUGAAGGCGGUCACUUGUACUGAAUGUUUUUUAGGGGUAUCAGAGUAAAGGGGAUUGAAUACAAAUGCACACUUGAUGCAGUAUUGGACUUAAAAUAAAAAUGUUUUGUCAUUC